CCUGCGUGAGCUGCAAUUGUUCGCCUUCCCAACCUCAGCCUGGAUAUCUCGGUCCAAAAUCAAUCGACUUCUUCGACGUCAAAACCGGCAGUCCCUAUCAACUUGCGGCACUGCAGUCGACACCCAGGCAUCCAAGGCUGCAAGUUCCCUCCACAUCCGCCCUGCAUCUUGCAUUGUCUUCGUUCUCCGCACUCGACGCCCCAGGCACCUGCACUCCAUUGUACCUACCGACCGAAACAAUACUUAUCUGACCCAUUGACUUCCAUUCUUCCAUCCAAUCUGAUCACCUGCUUACCUUCACGACGCCAACAGCCCAUUCAGGGCCGGCUACCGUGUGCCAGCAAGGUCCUCAAAACUAGCGCACACUGCACUAGCGAAGUUUUCGAUCUCCAAGCGCCGGUCCGGAUCAACAAUCUAACCCCAGGCCCCAAACCCGCCGCCCAAGAGCGGGCUCCAAUUGAUUGUCCUGUGUCUUAUAUUGUCUGGGCUGGGUGUGUGUGGCCGUUGAGGUUCUCAACCACGACGGGACCUGCUAGCUACCUAGAUUCUCGCCUGCGUCUGAUCUUGCCUCGCUGCCUUUUCCCAUCCAAACACCAUCUUGAUCAAACUUGUGAGGCUCGCUCGUCCGUCUGACUCCUGUUGACGCCAAGGUCCCUUUUUGGUCAUUCUUGACAAAUAUCGGACUAUAUUCAGGAUUUCUACUGCAACAAUUUGACCGUUCCCCGUUGCUACAAGUACAGUUAUCGAUCGCCGUCUCCCCUCCAUGCCAUACACGCCGUCAUCACGGAUAGCAGAGACUGCAGCAACCGACUACAGACGGGCGGCGUAAAGCGACAAUCCGGCAAACUUGCAUCCUCACCCAAUUCCGGCCACGAUGCUUACAACCGCGAUCGACAAUGACACCCGAGGGUGGAUUUUGACCGUCGUGAGUGGCUUGGCAUGCAUUCUUGGAUCAACUAUCAUUUGCGUCGAUGUCCCCAUCCGCUUUUUCAACAUCAAGAGCAAAUUUAGUAUACAGGGGAGCAAUGUCUUCAUAUCAGGCUCUUUGAGUCUGAGUUUUGGGGUUAUGAUAUUCUCGGCCUUGUUUAGCAUGCUUCCGUCUGCUUUGCGAUACCUCACUACGGACGGGCGGGACGAGAAGACCGCAGGCCUCAUCAACAUGGGCUGUUACAUUGCUGGCUUUUUCGGCAUUCAGGUCGUCUCCCGAGUCCUCCAUCGAUUUAUACCCUCCCACGUUGUUGGGUGCGACCAUUCCCAUAACCCACACGCAAAUGUGCAACAUCAGCCCCAUCAUGAUGAUCAUUAUCACCAGCCGCCUUGGGCGAGCCGUACCCAUGGACAGUCCGUCACGACGCUAUCCUCGGAAGCUCCAGAAACACCGACCAUGGUCGAAGUGAAUGGGCAUGCGACCGAAUCAACUCCCCUGCUACCGACCGAGACCGACCACGAGGCGCAGUCAGUUCCCCCAGUGAGGCCUAGUCUUUUUGGUCGUUCACAUACCGUUGGAAGACAGGCCCGCAGCACCAGCGGCAUCCAAAGCAGACGCCCAUCCGUACGCCAGAUGACGAACAGAGUACUAUCAUUUGUUAAGGAUACCAAGCUUCACUGCGAUGGCGAUGGCCCGUGUUUCGGAUAUACGGAUCCUUGUGGGCAGGAGUGCUUCAGACACAUUGGUGCACGCUCCAUCCCCCCUGGGCGUCCCGCCACCCUCCCAGUCAUACGUUCCGGAGAGUCCGUGGGUACUGGCGAGGUACCAGAUUCCCUCAACAGUCCCAUAUACCAAGUACGGAGUCGAACUUGUUCCAGAGAGUCGUCUGUCGGUUACGCAGACCGUGCCGACCACGAUGGACCCCACGAUGACCAUGACGGAGAAAAUCACGACACUGGCUAUUCAGCAGUAGAGGAGGAUAUCGAGGCUCAACACCAUCAUCACGUACCGACAAACGCCUUUCUCUCUAUCGGCCUGCAGACUGUUAUAGCCAUUGCGCUUCACAAGUUUCCUGAGGGCUUCAUCACCUACGCCACCAACCAUGUGAACCCUUCGCUCGGCUUCAAUGUUUUCAUGGCCCUGUUCGUUCAUAACAUCGCCGAGGGAUUCUCCAUGGCCCUGCCGCUGUACAUGGCGCUGAACAGCCGGUUCAAGGCCAUUGCCUGGGCCACAUUGCUCGGUGGCCUCAGUCAGCCGCUGGGCGCCGGAGUCGCAGUGCUGUGGUUCAAGGUUGCCAAGCACAGCAACAUCACGAUCAACGGCACAGCAUAUGGAUGUUUGUUUGCCGUCACUGCGGGUAUCAUGACCAGCGUGGCACUGCAGCUCUUUGGGGAGAGCUUGAGCUUGACCCACAACAGGAACAUGAGCAUCUUCUUUGCUUUCCUGGGUAUGACUCUGCUUGGGGUCUGCGACGCCAUUGCCGAUGUGUAGAAUGAGGAAACAUGCGACAAAAGGUGUCCCCUUUUUUUGAAUACGUUCAUAGACGGAAGAGCACGGAGCUAAUAGAACCAUCUUGUAUCACCCGUCUUGGUUGUUGGCGUUCUUGAUUGGAUCAGGGGACGUCAUCGCACGAGUUUUCACGAUAAUGACAAUGGGGAACAAAUACAACGGUCGGACACGGGGCGUUUUGGGGAACAUUGGACAUUGAAGAUUGGAGAAGUCAUGAAUUUGAACAUGGGAAAAGGGGGCGGCGGGUUUAUUGCUAGCAAUGAAGUUUGUGAUAUGGCUAGUAACAAACCUCUUGAAUAUCAAUUACCAAGACGUCGACCCCUACUUAGUGCCAAAACAAGGAAUCUGAAUGCCACGAACUACUC